CGUAUUUCUCAGAGAGAAAUUCAAGCAGCCGAAUUUUCAUAAUUUAUUUCUUAUUUUACGCGACUGCGCAAAUGUUUUUGUCUUUCAGUGAUUCCCAUCAUUUUCUUAUUAAAAGUAACCUUUCCUGGAUGUUACAAAUAGCUAGACCAUUGAUAAAAUAUUCAUAAUUUUUCUCCAAGAAUUGUAGCCUAACGCCAAAACGGUUAGGCUAGUUUGUAUUACUAUUUGUAAUGACAAUGUUUCUAUCAUGAAUCAUGCACACGUCUAUUCGCCCACUCACUGCACUGUGUCAAAAUUGUCUGCACAAAUACUUUGUUUAAUCUCUUUCCAAUUUUAUAUCAAGCUCAACCGGAAAAAUUGCUUAGCACGUAACAACGAAAAGGCCAAUAUGCUAAUGUAGGCCUACUACAAUUAAUAGUAGUAAUGAAGCUUUUAACUGUUAUCCUUCCAAAUCUGUUGCUGUUUAUUAUAUUGUUUGUCUCUAUUUCACCAUUGAGCAAUGGAUUUAAAGAGAAAACAUUAGCUGUGGGAGGUAUAUUUCCUAUGUCAGGAAGUUGGGCAGGAGGGAAUGCCUGUCUUCCAGCAGUGUUGAUGGCUCUGGAAGAUGUUAAUAAUAGAACAGAUAUUUUAUCAGAGUAUAAAUUAGAAAUGAGCUAUGAUGACAGUCAGUGUAUGCCAGGUCUAGGAACUAAAGUUUUAUAUAAUCUGUUAUAUUCUAAACCUCCUAAAUUAAUGGUACUAAGUGGUUGUAGUAUAGUGUCAACAUUCGUAGCACAAGCAGCCAAGAUGUGGAAUUUAGUUGUGUUAGCCUAUGGUGCAAGUUCCCCAGCACUGUCAAACAGACAAAGAUUUCCUACUUUCUUCAGAACUCAUCCUUCGGCAACUCUACACAAUCCCACUAGAGUCAAAAUCUUUAAGAGGUUUGGUUGGACAAAAAUUGCCACUAUUCAAGACACACAAGAGGUGUUUCAAUCUACUAAAGAAGAUUUAGAUAAAAGAGUUAAAGCUGCAGGAAUACAUAUUACAGUCACACAAAGUUUUCUCACUGAUCCUAUUAAUGCUGUAAGAAGUUUGAAGCGUCAAGAUGCUAGAAUUAUUGUGGGAUUAUUUUAUGAAGAUGUUGCCAGGAAGGUGUUCUGUCAGGCAUAUAAAGAAAAGUUAUAUGGUAAGAAAUAUGUAUGGUUUUUAAUUGGUUGGUAUCCUGAUAAUUGGUAUAAACAGAAAGAUGACAGUAUAAACUGUACUGGUGAACAAUUGGCUGAAGCUUUAGAAGGUCAUUUUACAACAGAAGCUGUUAUACUUCAUCAAGAUUCUUCUAUUACUGAUGUAGGAAUGACAGCUAAGAAUUUUACCACUAGAUUAAAUGAGGCAUUGAAUGAAACAGAUACAAGUAAAGUUCGAGGUUAUCCUGAAGCACCACUAGCCUAUGAUGCUGUUUGGGCAAUGGCUUUUGCUUUAAAUAAAACCUCUAUAAGAUUAGCUGAGAAGAAUUUGACUUUGGAAGACUUUGAUUAUAUGAAUAAAGACAUUACAGAUGAAAUCUACUCAGCUAUGAACUCAACAAAGUUUCUUGGUGUUUCAGGAAAUGUAGCGUUUUCAUCACAAGGUGACAGAAUAGCCUGGACACAGAUAGAACAAAUGAUAAAUGGUACAUAUCAUAAAUUAGGUUAUUAUGAUGCUGUGGCCGAUAAUUUAACAUGGUUUGGAAAAGAAAAAUGGAAAGGUGGUAAAAUCCCCCAGGAUAAGACAGUAGUGGUGAAUUCUUUACGAGUUGUAUCCCCAGCUCUGUAUUAUUCUAUGUGUGGUGUGGCAUUUCUGGGUAUUAUAGCAGGAAUUAUCUGUUUAGUUUUCAAUCAUCUUCAUAGACAAAGACGAAUCAUUGCCUAUUCUCAGCCAUUAGUAAAUAGUAUAACAUGUAUUGGAUGUAUGAUAUGUUUAUUGUGUAUAUUUAUGGUGGGAUUAGAUGGCAAGUUUGUACCUAAACAUCAAUAUUCUACUGUUUGUCAGGUAGGAGCCUGGAUAUUAUCUAUAGGAUUUACACUAGGUUAUGGUAGUAUGUUUGCUAAAGUAUGGAUGGUUCAUCAACUAACAACUGCCAGGAAGAAAGAGAGAAAGGAAUGGGAAAUUCAUGUUGUUAUUGCUGUGUUUUUACUGUUUGAUGUAGCCAUCUUGACCGUUUGGCAGAUUAUGGAUCCUCUACAACGUAAACUACAAUUUUUCCCGCUGGAAAAUCCUAUCAAUACAGAAGAUGAUAUCAAAUUACUGCCACAGCUUGAACAUUGUCAUUCAGAACAUUUAUCUGUUUGGCUAGGAGUACUGUUUGGGUAUAAAUCGAUACUAUUGAUAUUUGGUAUAUUUUUAUCGUAUGAAUUGAGGAGUGUCAAGCUGAAACAGGUCAAUGAUUCAAGAUUUGUUGCCAUGGGAAUCUACAAUGUGGUGGUGAUGUGUGUUAUAACAGCUCCUAUAACAUUGAUCAUUGGUAAUCAACAAGAUGCUAGUUUUGCUUUUAUAUCACUAGCUAUUAUAUUGUGUAGUUUUCUCUCUAUGGGAUUGCUAUUCGUUCCAAAAAUGGUAGAAAUAAAACGUAAUGGUGUUCAACAAGAACAAGAUAAUUCUGGUCUGACAGAUUCUCUAGUGAGUAGAGAAGAAGAAGAAAGACAUCAGAGGUUACUAGCAGAAAAUGAACAACUAAAGAAACAAAUAGCUGAUGUUGAAGAACGUAUUAAAGAUGUCAAUGGGAAAUUACAAGAACGAGCCAGACAGAGAGUUCUAUUAUCUAAAGAACAGAAGAUACAAGUACAGGCAGAACUGAAUGAAUCACCAAGACAUAACACAGACAAUAAAUCAUGUGCUGAAUUUAAUCGUUUGAAUUCUAAAAAGAUUCGCUUCUGUGAAGAAGUUGAAGAAGUUCCAAAUUAUCCCUACCCAAGUCCUGAUCGUAGACAGUUAUCUCCUAGAAUAACACGGUCAGAACCAUUUUGUUGAGAUAUUAAUAGGCCUUCAACGAGUUACUAUUCUCAAUGAAUAUGUCUCGUAUCAAGUUGUCCCCCCCUAUUCACCUGAUUUCAAGUCGUACAAUAUGACCUAUCCAUUGAACCGCUAAUCAUUAGCAUUGGUUAUCUCUAUCUUGAGACAGCUCACAGCCUUAUUUUCAAAUCAUGACCUAUUCCGGUAGUUUGAGUACCAUAAUUGAUUCACAGUUUUUAGCAAGGACUGAAGUCGCGCAUAUGCUAUAAAAAUUGUCUAUAAUAACUCGUUCAAUGCCUAUUGUAUAGUAUAUAUAUAUAUCCCCAAGAGACAUGUGUACCAGAUAAUUGAUCAAUAUUUAAUAUACCCAAGAGACAUAUUUGUACCAGAGAAUUGAUUAAUAUUUAACAUAUCAUAGUGUUUUAUUUUUAGGAUGAGAUUAUCAUACAGGGGAUACAUUCCAUUCACGUGUUCAUUAAGUUAAUUAUAGGGUUUCAUGCAAGAUGUAUUACAUGUAUUUUAAGUAUGCAUUUUUUGUCUUUUAUCCAAUAUUUCCACAAGCCUGUCAUAUAACAAAUUACUCCACAUAUAUUCAAAUGAAAAUUGAACUCCGACACUCAUUCGCGCAGUCUGGCACCUGAACGACAUGGAUGUCUAGUAUUUUAACAGGACCACCUUAAUUCAAUCUUUUCUAUUUAUUUUGUAUGAAUUAGGUCUCUGAACAUUAUUUGAGGGAUUGAUAAUGCCCUGCAAGCUACAAUAUUGAAUCUUUAAAAGGAAUAUCAGUCCAAAAGUGAUUCAUUUCAGUUCAGUAUUUACGACAGACAAUAUGUAUAGGACAUGGUCAACAUACGUCGGCACUGCCUGUGAGUUUCGCUGAAUCUGUUGAUUGGGCUUCUUUAAUCGAAUUGAUUCCAUGCCCGGAGAUUAUCGUUGAUAUAUUCAUUUUGAAUCUAAAUUAAUUGUUACAAUAAUCAAUUUGAAUUCAUGUUUUAUGUGGAUUAAAGCGGUGGACACACUAGCCGAAUGAUUUGGUCGAAUUAAACAUCUUUGAUAUAUUCGCUAGUGUGUCCGCUUUGCCGAAGCAUUUGCCCGAUUGUAGAAUUCAUUAGCUUUAUCACCACUCAUAUCGAAAAGUCACAUGAUUGUUUGAAGACCUGGUCGCCGCCAUGUAUAAUCAUGUGACGUGAAAGGUGAUGCAAUCUGUCCACCCAUUCGGCCAAAUGAUUUGAAUGCUUCGGCUAAUUAUGUGUCCACUGCUUAUGUCAUGGAAAUUUUGAUAUUUUCCGAAAAAUGCAAAUGAUGCACAGAGACUUUAAAUAUAAUAGCCAGCCCCAAUAAAUUUAUUGCACAGGCCCCUUUAAAUAUGUUUACUGGUAUUAAUUAUCAUGUGCCAAAUUAUUUUAAUAUUUUAUAGACCGGCAUUUUAUUAUGAGCAUAAUGUUAUCUGUCAUAUAUGUUGUUUAUUAUUUUUAUUGUUGAUGCUUUAUUAUCAAAUCUUAGAUAAAAUUGUUGAAAGUC